AUGAAACCAUUCAUUUCAGGCAAACGGUUCCUUUCCGGCAAAGUGCCCGCUUCAUUCAAGUCUCUGGUGUACUCAUCGCACGAUGCGGAGGACUGCACCAAGGUGCUGUCACUGCACCAGUACGCGGCCAAGGCGCCGUCAGAGAGCUCCAUAGUGCUCCGGACGCUCGCGUUCCCCAUCAACCCCUCCGAUAUUAACCAGCUGGAGGGUGUGUACCCUUCGAAGCCCAAAAAGACUCUCGAGCUGGGCACGAAGGAGCCCAGCGCGAUCGCGGGCAAUGAAGGUGUGUUCGAAGUGGUGCAUCUGCCGCAGGGCGUGCGCGGGCUGAGCGUUGGCGACAUGGUGAUUCCGCUGCAGGCGAACUUCGGGACAUGGUCCACGUUCCGGACUUGCCAGGACGCGUCACAGCUGGUGAAAAUCGAGGCGUGCGACAAGCUGGCGGCCGCGACGAUAGCGGUCAACGGUUGCACCGCGUACCAGCUGCUGAAUAAUUAUGUCAAAUGGGACAAAAACGGCAAUGAGUGGCUGGUGCAGAACGCGGGCACCUCGUCGGUUUCGAAAAUCGUGACGCAGCUGGCGCGGCUGCAGAACAUCAAGACGCUGAGCGUGAUCCGCGACCGCGACAACUUCGAAGAAGUUGCGCGCGACCUGGAAACGAAGUUCGGCGCGACCAAGGUCAUCUCGGAGUCGCAGAACAACGACAAAGUAUUCGGAAAGGAGACUCUUCCGUCGAUCCUGGGGCCCGAAGCCCGCGUGAAACUUGCGCUGAACUCCGUCGGUGGCAAGUCUAGCUCGUCAAUUGCACGGAAGCUGGAGACAGACGCCACGAUGCUGACAUACGGCGGGAUGUCCAAGAUGCCGGUUGUGCUGCCCACUUCGCUCCAUAUAUUCAAGGGCUUGAAAAGUCUAGGCUUCUGGGUCACACGCAACUCGCUCCUCGACCCUGAAAACAAAAGACAGACGGUCGAGUGCGUUGCCAAGCUGUACGCGGAUGGCAAGCUUUUGUCACCCAAAGAAGAAGCACGCGUGCUGGAGUGGGACGUUCACAAUAUGUCCGACCAAGAAGUGUUGGAGCUCAUCAAGAAGGGCAUCAAGGAGAAAGGCAAGAAGAACAUCGUGUGCUUGAAAUGGUGA